AUGGUUUAGGCGUUGAGCAGUAUAGUGGAGUCAGAUUCGAAAUACGGAAUUUUGAAAAAGGGGAUCGAAAGAGAGAAGACGACCCAUUGAAUUCGUGGACUCACUUCCCGAUUCUUCAUCUCCUUCCUUCCCUCACUCACUCUCACAACAACACUCACUCGCCAAAACCCUAACCCUUUUCUUUUACCCCUUUCUUCUUUCAAGGGACCUGAGAUCUUAGGGUUCCUUCUUCCUGGCUGCACAUGUUGUAGCGGAAACCACGUUUUCCCCGAAUCAUCGCUGUGUUCCUCCAAUUCACGGUGAUGUGCGAAUUUGGGGUUCGAUUAUUCUGAGAAAAAAAUAAAGAAAGAGAGGGAGUGAGUGUGCUGGUGGUGGUGAUAUGGAAGGUGGGAGGAGGAUUACGGUGAGUCCAAGACCAUGCUGUGGGCGGAGAAUCGUCGCAAAGAAGAGGCCGCGUCGUGGUGGGACGGUGGAUGGGUUCGUAAACAGCGUUAAGAAGCUUCAGAGACGCGAAAUCAGCUCCAAACGUGAUCGCGCUUUCAGCAUGAGCGAUGCUCAGGAGAGGUUUCGGAAUAUCCGCUUGCAGGAAGAAUAUGAUACACAUGACCCAAAAGGUCCUUCGUCUGUGGUAUUGCCCUUUCUAAGGAGAAGAUCCAAGAUUAUUGAGAUAGUAGCAGCACGGGAUAUUGUUUUUGCUCUUGCACAGUCUGGUGUUUGUGCAGCAUUUAGCCGAGAGACCAAUCAAAGGAUAUGUUUCUUGAAUGUCAGCCCUGACGAAGUUAUAAGAAGUCUGUUCUACAACAAAAACAAUGACUCGCUUAUCACAGUAUCUGUCUAUGCAUCUGACAGUUACAGUUCUUUGAAAUGCAGAAGCACAAGGAUAGAAUACAUCAGGAGGGGUAAGCCAGAUGCUGGCUUUGCUCUUUUUGAAUCGGAGUCUUUGAAGUGGCCAGGUUUUGUUGAAUUUGAUGAUGUAAAUGGGAAGGUACUCACAUACUCUGCACAAGAUAGCAUAUACAAGGUAUUUGACCUUAAAAACUAUACAAUGUUGUACUCCAUUUCGGAUAAAAAUGUCCAAGAGAUUAAGAUCAGUCCGGGGAUCAUGUUGUUGAUUUUUGCUAAAACAAGUAGCCAUGUCCCGCUGAAAAUUCUCUCAAUAGAAGAUGGUACUGUCUUGAAAUCGUUCAACCAUCUCCUUUGUCGGAAUAAGAAGGUGGAUUUUAUUGAGCAGUUCAAUGAAAAGCUACUUGUCAAGCAAGAAAAUGAGAACCUUCAGAUUCUUGAUGUGAGGACUUUCGAUCUAACAGAAGUUAGCAGAAGUGAAUUUAUGACACCAUCUGCCUUUAUCUUUCUCUACGAGAAUCAACUAUUCUUGACAUUUCGAAAUAGGACUGUGGCUGUGUGGAACUUCCGUGGUGAGCUUGUUACUUCUUUCGAGGAUCACCUCUUGUGGCAUCCUGACUGCAAUACAAACAAUAUAUAUAUAACGAGUGAUCAGGAUCUCAUCAUAUCCUACUGCAAAGCUGAUUCUGAAGAUUCAUUGACCGAAGGAAAUGCAGGCUCCAUCAAUGUUAGCAACAUCUUAACUGGCAAGUGCCUUGCCAAAAUAAGAGCAAGCAAUAGCUUCCCAAUUGAGAAUGAAUGCAGUUGCGGUGAUGAUUGUUCGGGUAGCCGUUGUAACUCAAAGAAGCGAAAGCAUUCCUCCAAAAUUAGGAGCACAGUUGCAGAGGCCUUGGAAGAUAUUACUGCCCUCUUCUACGACGAAGAGCGCAAUGAGAUCUACACGGGCAAUAGGCAUGGUCUAGUUCAUGUCUGGUCUAACUGAUGUAUUGUUCAAUUUAUUGUUGGCUUGCUCUUUCCUAUUGGUUUUUGUUCAUGAGUACGUUGAUUGCUUAAUCUACUAUUAGAACUUUCGGCAGCUGUAACCUUUAAGUGGUCUUUGUAUCAUUCAAUUUUUUCCCCACUUAUUUUUUAAUGUCAUCUACGCGUUAGGUAAGUUUGUUAUGUGUAGUGGUAACAAAUGUCUAUUAAGUCAUGUCCCAUGCUGGUAACUCGCCGGAUGUUGCGUUUGUUGUAAUCUAUAUUUCUAAUAUUUACUUCAAUAGAGCGGCUUCUGUGUA